AUGGCCUCAAUCGCAGAAACUAUCAGAAAAUAUGAGGAGCGUCUCUGGCAAGUUAACCAAGAGAUCCAUUCCCAUCCAGAGCUUGCCUUCGAAGAGGUUCACGCCCAUGACACUCUGUGUGACCUGCUCGAGUCGCUUGGAUACAACGUCACGCGUCAUGCGUAUGGACUCAAGACCUCAUUUGAAGCCGAGGUCGGGACCGGUGGAGGUCUGAUUGUCUAUAAUGCUGAGUUCGAUGCCUUGCCCGAAAUCGGUCAUGCCUGUGGGCACAAUUUGAUCGCCACCUCGUCCCUUGCAGCUUUCCUGGCCACUGCAGAGGCCAUCAAGGCCAGUCCGAUUGAGGGCCGUGUACGCCUGCUCGGCACUCCCGCAGAAGAGGGCGGCGGCGGUAAGAUUGAACUUAUCAAGGCUGGUGCUUAUAAGGGGGUUGACGCUUGUCUCAUGGGUCAUCCUGGCCCUGGGACGGGAAAAGAUGGAGUAGCUGCUGUUCGCUGUAUGGCUCGUCGCGGAGCUACUGUGACUUUUCGUGGUGUUAGUGCUCAUGCUGGCAAUGCCCCUUGGCUAGGCCACAACGCAUUGGAUGCCGCGGUAGCUGCCUAUAGCAACAUCGCCAUGCUUCGACAACAAGUUGCGCCUAAUCAGCGUAUGCACGCCAUCAUUUCCAAGGGGGGUGACAAGCCCAAUGUGAUUCCGCAUCUCACAGAGCUCCAAUUUUUCGCCCGCGCGGAGACGGAUGCAGAGUUGCAAGAAACUGCCAAGAGGGUGACUGCCUGCUGUGAAGGGGCGGCCACAGCCGCGGGAUGCACCGUUGAGUUUGACUGGCUUGAAAGCUACAAAGAAUUGCAAUGCAACGAUAUUCUCAUUGACACCUUCUAUAAACAUUCUCAGGAGCAAAAGCAGGACUACAUGAAAUCAUUGCCUGCAGUCAGUGGUGCGUCAACGGAUCAAGGCAAUGUCAGUUAUGAGCUCCCAAGCCUCCAUCCCGGGUUCCUCGUUGAGGUGGAAUCGCCGAAGAUCGGACCCCACCAUCCUGGAUUUGAGAAGGCAGCAGGAACACGACAGGCAUUUGAAUCAUCGUUGAAGUUUGCUUCGGUCAUGGCUGCGACAGGUCUGGAGGUAUUGCAGGAUGAGAAACUUCGGAAUCGAUUAUGGGAAGAGCACAGAGAGACAUUUGGCAAGGCUGAAUAG